UCAGCUCCCGCCCCCCGCCCCCGCUCCCGCCCCUUUUAAUAAACCUGCAGUUCUCUAAGAGUGUGAGUGUGAGAUUGCGAGGCGCACGAUGAAUCCCGCUCCUGUACCCCCUCCUCUGCCGCCCCCGGGGCAGCAAGUCAUCCAUGUCACCCAGGACCUCGACACCGAUCUCGAAGCGCUCUUCAACUCCGUGAUGAACCCCAAACCCAGCUCUUGGAGGAAGAAGAUCCUGCCCGAGUCCUUCUUCAAGGAGCCCGACUCCGGCUCGCACUCCCGGCAGUCCAGCACCGACUCGUCCGGCAGCCACCCGGCCCGGCUGAGCGGCGGCGGCGGCGGCGUGGCCGGCGGUGCCCAGCACGUCCGCUCGCACUCUUCGCCCGCCUCCCUGCAGCUGGGCACCGGGGCCGGGGCGGCGACCAGCGCGGCGCAGCAGCACGCGCACCUCCGCCAGCAGUCCUACGACGUGACCGACGAGCUGCCGCUGCCUCCCGGCUGGGAGAUGACCUUCACCGCCACGGGCCAGCGAUACUUUCUCAAUCACAUAGAAAAAAUCACCACAUGGCAAGAUCCUCGGAAGACGAUGACUCAACCUUUAAACCACAUGGCCCUCCAUCCCGCGGCAGCUUCAACCCCAAUGCCCCAGAGAUCCAUGGCGAUGUCUCAACCCAACCUCGUGAUGAACCACCAGCACCAGCAGCAAAUGGCAUCCAACACUACUCUGUCCCAGCAGAACCACCCAGCCCAAAACCCACAGGCUGGCUUGAUGAGUUUGCCCAAUGCCCUGACCACUCAGCAACAGCAGCAGCAGAAAUUACGGCUCCAGCGGAUCCAGAUGGAAAGAGAAAGAAUCCGUAUGCGCCAGGAGGAACUCUUGAGACAGGAAGCCGCUCUAUGUCGACAACUUCCCAUGGAAUCAGAGACAAUGGCCACUGUUCAGGCUGCUGGAAACACACCUACCAUGGCCCAGGAAAUCAGACCAAUAACAAAUAACAGUUCAGAUCCUUUUCUCAAUGGUGGACCGUACCAUUCCAGGGAGCAGAGCACAGACAGUGGCCUAGGCUUAGGUUGCUACAGCAUCCCAACAACUCCUGAAGAUUUCCUCGGCAACGUAGACGAGAUGGACACAGGGGAAACCGUAGGACAGACACCGAUGGCCCUAAAUGCCCAGCAGACCCGUUUCCCUGACUUCCUUGACUGUCUUCCUGGAACAAAUGUCGAUCUUGGGACUUUGGAGUCGGACGACCUGAUCCCGAUCUUCAAUGAUGUGGAGUCGGUUCUUAACAAAAGUGAGCCCUUCCUGACCUGGCUGUAAUCUGAGCUCCUGGCUUUGGCUCAGACCACCUCCCCACAUCCUCCAUUUGCUUUUCCUCUUUGGAAAAGAGGUGGAGCCCAGGAAGUACUCAAGAUUUCCAACAACUCUUUUACAUCCAUGUGGUCAAUUGAAAUUGUUGUCUGGAUUUGAUUGACAAGAACUUAAGUCUAAAUAUAUAAAUAUAUAUUUUCUCUUUACUUUAUAACUACAUCUGUUUACUACAGCAUCCUGGCUGAGAUACGCCUGUAGCCCAGAUUUCAGAGAGAGAGAGAGAAAGCAUGCAGAAUUGUUUUUACCUCUUCUCUCUUCUCAUUGGCCCAUGAGAAGCUUGUGGUGUGAGUUUAAACUAAAAGCUGAUAAACAAGGAAAAAACCAGUUUGACGUGACAAACUUCAGCCAAGAUCCCUGCACCACAUUAGUCCCCAAGUGCAGGUCAGUAGCUGUAUUUAUGACAUUAGUACCAAAAGCUUUACAAAAGUAAAAAAAAUAAAACUAUUUAACUUGAGCUUUCAAGAAAUCACGUAUUGUUAGUCAAAUAGUACUGUAUGGAAUGCAGCGCAGCUUUGAAUCCAUGCUGGCUAUCAUAAUAAUUAUUAUUAUUCUAUACUUCCAGAGGCACAGACAGUACUGUUAAUAGUUUAUCCUCCAGUAUAUUACUGUAUAGCUUCCAAAUAGUGAACAAUUCCAAUAUCAAAAGUAGCAGAUCGUCUAGUGUUUUAUUCUAAAGAUGUCGUAAAAGAGACCACAUCGGUACUAACCAUCACCACCACUAGGAAAACGAACCAGUGGAAUGAAACGACAUGCAAUUAUGAUAAAAUGUAACUCAGAUUUUGAUGUUUAUUUUUAUUAAGCACUCACUGUAAUUUUGUAACUGAUUAUAAUUAGCAACAGAAUUUUUUUUUUUUUAAUACAUUUGUGGCAACUGCCACAAAGUAUACUUACUUUGAUUCUGGGAUAUUAAUCCUAAAUUAUAUCAGGGUAGAAAAGUGUGGCACAAUUCACCACUUGAUGAUGAAUGCCCAGUUGCCUUUUUUAAUGUUUUUUUUUUUUUUUGUAAGCCUUGUCGUCUUGUUGCCAAGACAAUAACGAAUUGAAACAGACAGUAUCAAUGAAACUGUAAUCGGUGAAACAACCCGAUCACUGAAUGACCUGUAAACAAAUGCCUGCUUUAUGGGGAAGGGUACAUGGUGGAGGCAAAUGUUUCUGAAUUCAGUCAAAUUAUUCCCUGUCUGCUAAUUCUAUUAUCCAAACCUUUUUUUUUUUUUUUGCUGGCUACCAUUGGUAUAAAAGGCAUGAUAUCACAUAUACUCAAUACCUCUCAUGUAAUCAAGAGAAAUUUCUUUUUGAGAUGUUUAGGACCGAGAGUGCAUAAAGUAUAGCUAGCAUUCAGCACCCCAAAUAUGCCAAUGACGUCCUCAAAUGUUUUAAUAUUUUUUGAAUUGUCAUUAUUUAUAAUCUAUGAAUUUAAUCUGUUUUUUUAAUUAACAAAAUGCAUUACUUUUUAAAGGCAUUAUUAUUAAUUUCAGUCUCCGAGCUAGGAUUUUCCAGAUCCUAGCAAAGAAGGGAGACUGAUCACUCAUUUAAGUGUUUAUUUGUUGAGGGUCUGUUAAUUCAGAUUCUUUCUUAUGUAUUAGAAGAUACAAGAAAUAGAGACUCUUUUAUCUUGUUGGGAAGAAAGCAGGUGAAAAGGUCAGAGUUCAAGUAGCAAUGAGAUGGAAACAUAUGGAAAGGUUGAAAAUUAGGAAAUGGAUAGGGAUAGACAUGUAAUCAUACCCCAGAGUUGAGAAGAACUUCAUGUGAUAGAUACCCAAAUAGAAGGUGUCAACAGAAUUUUAUGAAAAUGGUUUUCUAUGAUAAUUUUUAUACCAAAAGAUUUUUCCAUUAUAUUUAAAAAAAAAACUACUUUGGUGCACUUUACAUUGGAGAGAAAGACAAAAGAAGAAAUGAGAAGGAUGAGGUUGAAACUACUGUUACUUCCAAAACAAAAAAACUUUUUUUUUCUAAAUAAAUAGUUGAGUUUUUUUUUUUUUUUUUGGCUCCCUCCCUUUCCCUAAAUGUUUGUCUGAUGAUCCCCCCGCCCCCACACGCGUACCUUUUUAAUCUCUCUUUUCCCUUUCCCAUUUUCUUCAUUUUUUUUUCACUCUUUGCCCCACUUUUUCCUUCUCACACCCAAGGUAGGUGGGUGUUUGUGUGUGUGGAGGUGAAGGGGGUGAAGAGAGCAGUGUGGGAAUGUUUCUUUCUCCACCAAAUUGAAGGGAGCACUGAUUUUUUUCCUCUUUUGCUAGAAAUAAUUGCAAAAAAGAGGGGAACAAUCUUUUUGAACGAACAAGGGACCUAACAAGGCUAAGCAGUGUUACUGUAUUUUUUUAAAGUUUUUUUUCUUUAAGACUUGUUUUCAGGUUAACAAAUUAAAUCUGAAAAAGCUAUCCCUCAUUGUCUUUUUUUUUUUUUUUAAUACAUGAUUAGCACAUUGGGGAUUUAUAGCGUCUACUUUCAGAAACGAAUUCUCUAGUAUAUUAUAGUUUGAAUUAUUAAAUAUUAGGUGAAUUUUUCUUUAUUUUUUAGAGAAAGUAGUUGAGCAUUUAUUAUUAAGGAAAUUGCAUUUCCCCCCAGAAUAAAGUAAAGCAUUGAAUACUGUGUUAUCACUUGAAUAAAGACAAAUAGAGUUCUUUUAAUGGCAUAUAAAACAUUGUUUCAAAAAGAAAAAAAAAGAUAAGAUGAAAGAAAGAAGGAAGGCAGGAACAAAAAAAGGAAAGGAGGGAGGGAGGGAAGAAGGAAAAAAAAGAAGGAAGGAAGGAAGGAAGAAAAAAAUAGAAACUUGAAGCCGUAACAGCUCUUAUAUAGUUUCAGAUAACUAUCAUCAUAGACAUCCCGCCAAAUUAAAUAGAAGGUGCUAUCUUACAAGUUUUUGUUAGGUUUUUAAAGCAACUGCCAGGAUGUCAGUUCUUUUUAGUUUGAAAUGACAAUGAUGAGAUAGAAGAAAAUCCGUAUUGCUGCCAAUUACUUUUGGCUUGGGGAAGAUAAUAUUUUAAAGAUAUUCCUUCCCAUGAUUUUUCUGACUUAAAAGAUAUUUGAAUUGAAUUCUUACACAAAACCUUCAUGUUUUUAUUUCCACCGAUGCAGUGAUUUUUAGACAGUGUCUUACUGCAUUAUUCAAAGAUGUGAAAUGCUUUUUUUUUUUUUUUUUAAACCAAUUUUCAUGGUGUACAGGAAGUAUACAGAGUGACUAUGCCAAAGUGCCUGGGCACACAGUUGGCCUUUGCCAGGCAGGACAGUUCUACAUCAGUGUUGGUGACAUGAAACACUAGGAAAGUUGUCUAUUGUAGCUUUUAUUCUGGCAACACUCUUAGAAUGUAGUUCUCAGAAGAAGCACGACUCAAUGACACAAUGCUGUUUGUAAGACAUCGUACAUUAAUUUUAAAUGGGAAAAAUGGGUGAUUGAAAAAAGAUUGCUUCCUAAUACACUACAUCCAUUUAUGUUCUAGUGCCUUAAUUUUUUAAUUUACUUCUACAUUUUUGUUAUAUGACAUAUGUGUGAGUGUUUAUUUUUAAUUUAGAUGGCUAUGUCAGAUCAAACUGUUGUACCCAGAGUUUGGUACUGGUUUUUUUUUUUUCUCUGAUCCUGUACAAAAAAAUAAAUAUAAUUAAAUUUCA